AUUUUGUCGGAGUGUUUUUCCUUAAUAUUUCAUGUAUUUUAGAUGUAUGUCAGGCUGGUAGUAGUUACAGCCAUCCCUCCAUCUAAAGGUGGAAGCUGUCUUUUCCGGGAGCCUUCUAAGCUUCAUCGCUAUGUUUCUUCCAUCCUCAUCGUCGACCGUUUGCUCUCGCGCUGGAAUGGCGCUCGGUGCUGCUGCUGCGGCUGCUGUGGACAGCCUCUCUGCAUCCCUGUUUCCCCGCUGCCCCCCCCCGCCGACAAACCGGAAUGGUUUCUUCCAGGCGAACCUGUCACUGUCACCGCGGCGGUGACGGCAGCCGAAGUGUGAGAGCAGAAGGGGGAGAAGAAGGCUUCAUCCACUGCCUGCCAUUGCAGUGCGGCGGCUGCUGCUCUGGAGCCUCACCAGAAAGAUCUGUCCGCUCCUUUUAUAGCGCAGCAAUGGAGGAGACUGUCAUUUGGGAACAGCACACAGUAACACUACACAGGGCACCAGGGUUUGGCUUUGGGAUAGCCAUAUCAGGAGGUCGGGAUAACCCUCAUUUUCAGAGCGGCGAGACCUCCAUUGUCAUCUCAGAUGUGCUGAAAGGAGGCCCAGCUGAAGGCCUGCUGCAGGAAAAUGACAGAGUUGUCAUGGUCAAUGCGGUCUCCAUGGACAAUGUGGAGCAUGCGUACGCAGUGCAGCAGCUACGGAAAAGUGGAAAAAUUGCCAAAAUUACAAUCAGACGGAAGAGAAAGGUACAUGUCCCCAUGGGCCGCCUGGGGGAAAGGGAAACCAUGUCAGAGCAUGACGAAGAGGAGGACAGCUACGAUGAAGAGAUAUACGAGACCCGAAGCGGUCGCAGCGGUGCUUACAGCGGUGUCGGCGGGGCUAUGGGCAGACGGAGUGGCCGAAGCAGCGGGCGAAGGGACAGAGAACGUGAACGCAGCGGCUCGCGGGAGAGGAGUCUCUCCCCACGCUCCGACCGUCGCUCACACAACCUGCCCCCACGUCCCGCCAAGGUCACACUCGUCAAAUCUCGCAAAAAUGAAGCAGAAUAUGGCCUGCGCCUGGCCAGCCACAUCUUUGUCAAGGACAUUUCCCCAGAGAGCCUGGCAGCCAGGGACGGCAACAUCCAGGAGGGAGAUGUUGUACUCAAGAUCAAUGGCACAGUGACAGAGAACCUCUCCUUGAUAGAUGCCAAGAAGCUGAUAGAAAGGUCAAAAGGCAAGCUAAAAAUGGUGGUUCAGAGGGACGACAGGGCGACCCUGCUGAACAUCCCUGACCUCGAUGACAGCAUUCCUUCAGCCAACGCCUCUGACAGAGACGACAUUUCAGAUAUCCAUUCGCUGGCAUCUGAUCAUUCCAAUCGAUCGCAUGACAGACAUCGCAGCAGCCGCUCCCGCUCUCCAGACAGACAAUCUGAACCUUCAGACCACUCCAGACACUCGCCCCCUCAGAUCAGCAACGGCAGUCACAGAAGUCGUGAUGAUGAACGGAUGUCGAAGCCAGCUUCAACACCAGCCAAGCUGGCGGAGGAGGUUCCUCUGCCCAAACCGAAGGAGUCAGCCGUUGCUAGAGAGGAGAAACAGCUCCCACCGCUCCCAGAGCCCAAGCCAGUGUAUGCUCAACCUGGACAGCCAGAUGUUGACCUGCCAGUCAGUCCCUCUGAUGCCCCUGUGCCAAGCGCUGCCCAUGAUGAUAGCAUCUUACGGCCAAGCAUGAAGCUAGUGAAGUUCAAGAAGGGGGAGAGUGUAGGUCUGCGGCUCGCUGGGGGGAAUGAUGUGGGCAUCUUUGUAGCAGGGGUGCUGGAGGACAGCCCAGCUGCUAAGGAGGGCCUGGAGGAGGGCGACCAAAUUCUCAGGGUAAAUAAUGUCGAUUUUGCAAACAUCAUCCGAGAGGAGGCGGUGCUGUUCCUUCUGGACCUUCCUAAGGGUGAAGAAGUAACGAUUUUAGCUCAGAAGAAGAAAGAUGUGUAUCGGCGGAUCGUGGAGUCAGACGUUGGGGAUUCCUUCUACAUUCGGACACACUUUGAGUAUGAGAAGGAAUCUCCGUAUGGGUUAAGCUUUAACAAGGGCGAGGUCUUCCGUGUGGUAGACACACUGUACAACGGCAAACUGGGCUCCUGGCUGGCCAUUCGUAUCGGCAAGAACCACCAAGAGGUUGAGAGAGGCAUCAUCCCCAACAAAAACAGAGCUGAGCAGCUCUCCAGCGUGCAGUACACUCUUCCUAAAACAGCAGGGGGCGACAGGGCUGACUUUUGGAGGUUUCGUGGUCUUCGAAGCUCAAAGAGGAACCUGAGGAAGAGCAGAGAGGACCUGUCUUCACAACCAGUCCAAACAAAAUUCCCUGCUUAUGAGAGGGUCGUACUGAGGGAAGCUGGUUUCCUGAGACCUGUGGUGAUAUUUGGACCAAUUGCUGAUGUAGCUCGAGAAAAACUCUCCAGAGAAGAACCAGAACUCUUUGAGCUUGCAAAAAGCGAACCAAGAGAUGCAGGAACAGACCAGCGGAGUUCAGGAAUCAUUCGUCUUCACACCAUCAAACAAAUCAUUGACAGAGACAAACAUGCUGUGCUGGACAUCACCCCAAACGCUGUGGACAGGCUGAACUACGCUCAGUGGUACCCUAUUGUAGUCUUCCUAAAUCCCGAUAAUAAGCAGGGUGUGAAGAACAUGAGGACCAGACUGUGUCCAGAGUCUAGGAAAAGUGCCAGGAAGCUCUAUGAAAGAGCAAUCAAACUGAGGAAGAAUAAUCACCACCUGUUCACCACAACUAUUAACUUAAAUAAUAUGAAUGACGGCUGGUACGGGGCUCUGAAAGAAACGAUACAGCAGCAGCAGAAUCAGCUGGUGUGGGUGUCAGAGGGGAAGGCGGAUGGCACUACAGAGGAUGAUUUGGACAUCCACGAUGACCGCCUGUCCUAUCUGUCAGCACCAGGAAGUGAAUACUCCAUGUACAGCACGGACAGCCGCCACACUUCGGACUACGAGGACACAGACACAGAAGGUGGCGCAUACACAGACCAGGAGCUGGAUGAGACUUUGAACGAUGAGGUGGGUCUACCCACAGAGCCCGCCAUCACUCGCUCUUCAGAGCCUGUGCGAGAAGACCCACCUGUAAUUCAGGACACCCCCGGUUACCCUGGUUACCAGCAUCCUGUGCAGCCUGACCCAGCAAGUCGCAUAGAUCCCGCUGCUUUCAAGAUGGCUGCUCCACAACAGCAAGAUGAGGCUGCUCUGCCCUUGCCCUCCUUGCCUCCGCCGGUGGUAGCGCCCCCUGCUGUUGAGCAGCCUGUACAGCUUGAGGGUAUGCACCUAGAGGAGCCGCCUGCUGCAGCCGCAGCUCCUCAGGCUGACUCACUUAGCAGCCCCAGCCCUGCCCCUGAGCUAAUUCAGCCCCCACCACCACCACACGAACCCCACCCGUCUGGACCGCCCGGUCCAGAACCAAAGAUGUACAAGAAAGAUCUGUAUAAUAUGGAGGACCCUGUACGAAUCAACCACGGCCUGAAGCAGUCUAUGAGCUACACUCACCAGCCGCCGUACCAGGACAAACAGCCAUACCGCGAAUACGACCACCCGCCUUACGGAUACGAUGGAGGCGGCUACACAGAACCAAAGCCUCACAACACUGACUCUCACCUGCACUACGACAACCGUGUGCCUCAUUACAGUGAACAGUGGCCCCCCUACGACCAGCAAACCUCGUCCUCCCAGCCCGCAGGCUACCAACAGGGCCACCAGCAACCUAUGGGCUACAACCCCCGCUCCCCUUACGAGGACAGACCAGGGAGGGACUACAGUCCUCCUCAGCCACGCUAUGAUGAGGCCCCGCCGGUGGGCUAUGACGGCAGACCACGCCACAGUAAACCUGGGCCCAUUCGUUACGAUGAGCCCCCACCCCCGCCCCCACCAGCUGGCUACGACGCUCGCUCUCCAUAUGAGGCAGAACCUCACGGCUUCCCCAUUAAUUCCCCUCGCUCGCCUGAGCCUCCAAAGCAGUUUUACGGAGAUGCCGGUCUCAGGCCCACCUACAUGCCCGGGCCGCCAAACCGGGGCUACAAGCCAGGGAUGCACGAGAUAAACUCUGAACCCACGAUUCCCCCUCCUAAGCCAGAGCCCCUCCCCUCACCAGGUGAGCCAGCCACCACUCCGGGCUCUAAACACUUCCCUCCUCCACCCCGGGAAGAGCUGGAUGAGGACCCAGCCAUGAAACCGCAGUCAGUGCUCAACAGAGUCAAGAUGUUUGAGAAUAAACGGUCUGUUUCUAUGGACCGGGCUAAAGAGGGAGAGUCGUCAGCUCUCAGGCCUGCCGAUGUUCCUAAACCUGUGAGUGCACCUGGUCCAGUCCUCAAAGCCAACUCCCUCAGCAACCUGGAGCAGGAGAAGACCUAUAGAGCUCCAGAGCCUCAGAAGCCCCAUCCUAAACCUCUGGAUGAUUUAGCGCGUACCAACCACUAUGACCCUGAUGAGGAUGAGGAGUACUACAGAAAGCAGUUGUCUUACUUUGAUCGCCGCAGCUUCGACAGCAAGGCAAUGGGCCAACCGCCACCUGGCAUCAACCGCUUCCAUGAUCUGCCCAAACCAGCUCAGCUGUCCUACCCAUACAACAGGGUUGAGUCUGUAGAGAAGGUGAGCCCAGUAGAGAAGAGAUAUGAACCUCUGCCCCAAAUCAGCCCGUCAUCACAGUACGGUCCGCCUGUGUCAGCAAUCCCACCGAACACACUGCCCAAGCUCAGCCCUGGUGAUGUGAACUCCAUACCUGAGCCGCUGACCUCGCCUAACCCCAAACCUGAGCUGGCUGCUCUCAGGCCGCCCAGCAGGGAUGAACCCACACCAGGAGGCUACCUUCCCCCUAGGGGGCCUCUAGACAAACCCCCAGUCAACGGUACUGAUACAGCACCGCCAAAGACGCUGGGCGCUCCCGCUCCUACCAGCUACAACCGCUACGUUCCUAAGCCGUACACCAGCUCAGCCCGGCCUUUUGAGCGCAAGUUUGAGAGCCCGAAGUUCAACCACAACCUGCUGCCCAACGACACACAGGUCAAGAGCGACCUCCUCGGGAAGCCCAGCGUGGUGAGCAACAGCGGAGGGAAGCCUCAGCUGUCACCCCAGCCCCUCGAUCAUGACAGCGGCCUGGACACCUUCACGCGCACCAUGGACAACAGGCCCAAAUACCAGCACAAUAACAUCAACGCCAUCCCCAAGGCCAUCCCUGUGAGCCCCAGUACACUGGACGACGACGACGAGGAUGAAGGACACACCGUGGUGGCCACUGCCCGAGGGAUCUUCAACUGUAAUGGAGGCGUCCUGAGCUCCAUCGAGACAGGCGUCAGCAUCAUCAUCCCCCAGGGUGCCAUCCCGGAGAGCGUGGAACAGGAGAUUUACUUCAAGGUGUGCCGGGACAACAGCAUCCUGCCCCCCCUCGACAAGGAGAAAGGAGAAACGCUGCUAAGUCCGCUGGUGAUGUGUGGCCCGCACGGACUCAAGUUCCUGAAGCCGGUGGAGCUACGCUUACCUCACUGUGCGUCUAUGACCCCUGAUGGUUGGUCUUUUGCUCUAAAAUCCUCCGACUCCUCGUCGGGUGAUCCCAAAACCUGGCAGAACAAAUCUCUCCCCGGAGACCCAAACUACCUGGUGGGUGCAAACUGUGUGUCAGUGCUCAUUGACCACUUCUGAAGAGGGCAACAGCUGGCCUGUUACUGAAUGUGAUACAUUGGGGGAGAGGACCUCUGUCGCCCCUGUGGAGCUCCCUCCAACUGGGCAGGGGCGCACGAUGCUCGAAGUAUGAACUCGAUACUCUCACGUUGUUUACUGUGCCCAAAAACCUACGAAAAAAGAAAAAAAACAAACACACACACAAGGAGAGUCGGAGUCCAGCAUCCCCAAGGCUGCACUCUUUGUUUUCUCUUUAACUUUUUUUUUUUUUCGGUGCUUUCAAGGCUUGCAAAAAAUAAAGAUUAAAAACAAGUUAUUUAAACAAAGGAACUGAAGUUGGAAUGCAUGACCAGUGCCACAGACUGAAUACUCAUUUUGACAUUUUUAAGCUAAUUUUGUAAAAGGUCAGAGCAGUGUGAGGAAAAAGGCGAAUUUUAAAACUUGUUUAAUAUUGCAAUGGGAAUUUUUGCGUACUGUAGAAAAAGAGAAGUAAAAAGUGAGACUCACAACAGUAAAGUUGGUAUAUGCAAAACCUUACUUUGUGAGUCGUGUGGUCAUGCGUUUCACUCAUGAAGGACUCCCUGGGGCUCAUGAAGGAAGAGAUGAAGAAUAAAAAAAUGAAGGUUAAGUAUUAAUACAAGGCGCUUGUUUGGUCAAACGGCGCUCUCUCUGUAAAACUGAAGUUUUUGUAGCAAUGUUUUACCGUAGAUAAAUAUACUGACUUGAUUUUACAAACUCCUGCUGUCUAGAGAUCUAUGCAUGUGCUAUGACUCAGGUCCAGAAGCCUGCUACUACUAAGUUCAACACAUGAAAAUCCCAUCGUACACUGCAAGCAGUGAUGCCUUAUCUGCAUAUUAACUUUUCAGUGAAACUUUAAAACAUCGGAUAUCCUUCAGUUCUAGCGAUCACUACUACGGAUGAAAAAGUUGUCUCUGCAUUUUUCUCAUGAAACUCGGAUUUAGCACACGAGAAUAAUCGAGGCUGAUGAAAAGGUAUGCUUUCUUUUACUGCUAUGCAUAUGAAGUCUGAGGAAAUACAAAAAAAGCUAGAAGAUGUUUAAAAUGUUGGCUGUACAUAUUGCUAGUAUAUGGCCUUGGUUCUCUGUAAAUGAACUUUUGUACAUCUUUGUUAUUUUGUAUAAAAGAGUAAAUGUUUGUUUAAAAAAGAGAGAGCGGUUACAUUGGUUAUGUUUGUAUUCUGGUUAUACCCCUGAGCCUUGGAACUGACAUAAGCAGUAAUAAGUCCGACUUUUCUACCAACAUAUACACACACUACUUAAGGCAUUUUUACUUAAGGUCAGAAAACUUUUUAUUCUUAUUUACAAACUAGAGAAGUGCUUGGUUUAAAUAAUUUUAAAAGAUGUAAUUGAGGGGGUCUGCUGUGAAGAGUGGGCCCUUCCUUUAUUUGUGAUACUGGAUGCUGUAUUGUGUGCCCUGAAAUGUAUUUUUGUACUAAUAGACAAUUUAUUAUGGCACAUCAGUACUAUUUUCUUUUGAUAUGAUAACACUGCUUCAACCCAACACUAGUUUACUUUCCCGUGUGGCUGACAUUCUUUUUAUUUAUUUUCAUUUUUCUUCGGUUCAACUGUUUGUUGGUUUUUCUUUUGCAACACAUUUCUAAGUAUACCACUGUAUUAAUAAAUAAAUUCAUUUUUAAAGUA